AUAAUGACCAAAGAUGCUGAGAGUAUAGAUCCUGUAAAGGAUGUCGAAGAAGGUACCCAGAUGCUUGAAAAUUCAGGCAGUUUAAUGCAAACCCUCAACAGAGAUGACCAAGAAGAAGAAUUUACACCCAUUGACGGAGGCUGGGGCUGGGUUGUAUGUUUCACAUCACUUCUAACCAACGGAACAGUGUUUGGAAUCAUCAACACUUUUGGAAUAAUACAUGUAUUUCUAGUCAAGGAGUAUGCUGUGAAUGAUUCAUCGAUCUCUUUCAAAACAUCAUGGAUUGGAUCAGUUUGUACAGGUUUUACAUUCUUUAUGUGUAUCUUUAGCGGUGUAUGCAGUGAUCGCAUUGGUAUCAGACCUACGGCAUUUUUUGGUGCGCUCCUAGGCGCAAUAGGACUCUUUUCUAGCGCUUUUAUCACACAAUUGGAAUUGCUAUAUUUAACCUACGGCCUUUUGCUUGGAAGCGGCGGAGGAUUUAUUUAUGCUACCUCCUUGGUCAUUCUAGGACAUUACUUUAAAAAGCAUAUUGGGCUCGCAAAUGGAAUUGUAGCCUUUGGAAGUUCAGCUUACACGAUGAUUAUGUCCAUUGUUCUGCCUAUUUCUCUAGAGAAUUUGGGAAUCAAGUACACUUUUAUUAUCUUAGGCGGAUUGUACUGCAUACUUUUAUUAUGCAGUCUGACGUGGAUACCUACAUUUCCAGUACAUUCAUCGUCCCAUGGGAAAGAAUCGCAAAUUGAAGAAGGACGGUGUUCGUCAAUACACAAGUACCUGAAUUUGAAGAUCUUCAAAAAUCGUGCAUAUCUUACUUGGUUUCUCGGAUUUGAUGUCGCUUUAUUUGGUUACUUUGUACCAUUCUUUCAUUUAGUUAAACAUACUCGGGAUAAUUUCCCCGGCAAAAAUGCAUUUAUUCUGAUAACCUGCAUUAAAGUAACCUCAGGAGUUGGAAGACUGAUAUUUGGAAAGAUAGCUGACUUCAAAUGUGUGAACCGAAUCUAUAUGCAGCAAAGCGCUUUUGUAUUGAUGGGCAUAAUGACUGCAUGCCUUCCUUUUUCAAGCUCUUUUGAAGGACUAAUAAUUAUUUGUCUCGUUCUUGGGGUGUGUGAUGGGAUCAUGGUAUUUUUGGUAGGUCCUAUAGCGUUUGAUCUUGUUGGUCCUAAAGAUGCAUCUCAAGCUAUUGGUUUUCUUCUCGGUGGAUUCUCAGUCCCAUUUACUGUUGGACCUCCCAUUGCAGGUUUGCUUUAUGACACAUUACAUACAUACGAAAUAGCUUUCGUGGUUGCUGGUGCUCCGCCCAUCAUUGGUGCAUUGAUAAUGUGCUUCAUUCCUAGAAUUGUUCAGAACAGCAACAAAGAAAAGGAAACAACAGAUGCUGCAAUCGGCUUGACACGGUUUAAUCAAACAGAUUUUUUCAAGAUUCAGCUGAGGAAGAGGGGAAAAAGCUUUUAGACUUGCAGAAAAAUGACAAAGAUAUGAAAUAGAAAAGCUCGAGAAGACCUAAAUCAUUCAUAUAACAGAAAAUUGUCCAUUGAUGACUAUUUUCAUAUUUUUGAAAAUAUUGAAUUUGCAAUGUUGUUACAAUGUAAACAAAGCUUUUAAUAGCU